AUGACACAGCACAAGAAGCAGAAAACACACAAGAACAAGCAAUUGAUCCUCAACUUCUUUGAGGCGCUGACUCCAAACUUGCACUCUCCAGGCCAAUGGAGAAACCCAAGAGACCAGUCUAGAGACUACUACAAGGCCGAGUACUGGGUUAAGAUUGCGCAGAUAGCUGAACGUGGUAAGAUCCAUGCUUUGUUUAUCGGCGAUUCCCUAACAAUCUAUGGUGGUUACAAGUCGGAAGGUCUCGGUGGCGCCUAUAACUACGAGGAGGCUGCCAGAACCGGUAACAAUUUCCCGAAGAACGACCCUACGGCCUACCUCUCCGCGGUGGCCAUCUCCACGAAGAACGUUUCCAUGGGUAUCACUUGUUCUACAAUUACCGAACACCCUUACCAUUUCGCAAGAAGAAUCGCCACUUUGGAUCAUAUCUCUGGCGGCAGAAUUGGUUGGAACGUUGUUACUUCAAUGCUGCCAUCUGCCGGUAGACAAUUGGCUCCUGAUAACAAAUUGCCAGAGAAGGACCUCAGAUAUGAAAAGGCUGAUGAGUACUUGCAAGUUGUGUACGAGCUUUUGCUCUCAUCCUGGAGAGAUGAUGGUGUUGUCUUUGAUAGAGAACGUGGCGUCUUCUCCGAUCCGGAUUUGAUUAGAGAGAUCAACUUUGAUGGUAAGUUCUACAGGGUUCCAGGUCCGCAAAUCACAGAGCCUACCCCUGGAAGAUUACCACUGAUCAUUCAAGCAGGUGCAUCUCCAAAGGGUAGACUUCUCGGUGCAAAGCAUGCUGAGUUAAUCUUCAUUCCAGGAGAAGACCGUGUCGAAGCCAGAAACCAAAUCAUCGAAACCAAGAAGACUGCACAGGAACUCUACGGUAGAAACCCGGAGCACUUGAAGUUCAUCACCAUAGCAAAGGUUCUUGUGGGCAAGACCCACGAAGAGGCACUUGCAAAGUACGCCGAGGUUGAAAAGUACCACGAUUUAGAUGGUGCCCUGGUCCAUGUUGGAGGCACUGGUCUUGACCUGGCCCUUUAUGAGUGGGAUGAGGACUUAUCUCUCUCUGACGAUCCAAGAAUCAAACAACUCGUUGCAAGCACACAGAAGAAGAACUUUUACAAGCCAGGUGAGAUUGUUACCAGACGUUACAUUGCAAAGAACUACUUCCGUGCAAACUUCUUCAUCGGUUCUCCACAGGAGGUUGCUGACCAAUUGCAGCAAUACGUUGAUGAGACCGAUAUUGAUGGGUUCAACUUCACCAGUAUCCUACACUUCGAGAACUUUGAGGACAUUGUCGACCUUUUGAUUCCAGAGUUGCAAAAGAGAGGUCUUGCUCAGAAGGAGUAUGCUGUGGAAGGGGGUUCCUUCAGAGAACAAUUCUACGGAACCAAGGGACACAAGUUUGUUCCAGAAGACCAUUACGCCUAUGGCCUUAGAUGGCAAAAGGGUGAGAAGAAGGCAAGCUUUGAAAAGAGACUUGCUGAGUUGAAGGAGAAACAAAAAUCGCUAGUCAUCGGUUCAUAA